GAGAAGUCAGUUUAAAGUUGUCAGCCGUUCAAUCUAGUGCAAGUACUGUGAGGAAAACAAUAAUGAAUUUAACGGUUGGACUUUCCCUUUUGUUCUGCCUAGUUGCAUCAACUAGUGCGGCAAGCACAUAUCAAAACGACGAACAAGAUUCUGUCAUCGCGCUUCUAGAAGGGUUGAAUUUGAACGACAUUCUGGUGGAGCUAAUCGAGCAGUUCAAGACGAUUAUGCCAUGUGGAAUUCCUAGCCUGGGUGUACCAGCUCUGGUGCCUUUCGAGCUGAAUCACACUGAAUUCAAAAUCGAUAAAACUGGACUGCUGUAUUUCGAUGGCGAGAUUAAUGAACUACUGGUCGAUGAUUUGAAUAACUUCGAUGUGGUGAACGUUGAUUUGCAGAUCUUCAAGCUGAAAUUGGACUUCAGUUUCCUUUUCCAUUCAAUCAAAACGACUGGACAAUACAAAGCCCAAGGAAAAGCUUUGAGCUUCAUCCCCUUCAACAGAGGUGGCAAAUUCGGGUUCAACUUCAAUGGUCUCAGCCUUGUAGGUUCGGUAAAAGUAGCAUUGAAUGGAGAUAAGCUGCUAGUCGAAGAGUUCAAGUUGUACCCAACAGUGAAAUCUGUGAAUUCGAAAUUCGAACACGUGUUCUUCCUACCACUCACCAAUUUGAUAUUCAAUAAGAUCGUUGAAUCGGUUGUGCCCAAAUAUCUCAGGGAUAAUCAAGAGGAAGUAUCGUCAUUCAUAGAAAGUUUCAUCAAACCAGAAGUUAACAAUCUGUUGGGAGACUACACGCUAGAGGAUCUCAUGGGUUUAUUACAGGGCGAAAACGGUAAUGGAACCUUUCCAAGCUCGUGCUAAUACUACCCACUUAAUCGUUAUCUCAAACUCAUUAUCAAAUGCUUCCAUUAGUUGCAAACAACACCAAUCACAACCAGACUAAAUAAAAAUGUUUACCCAAAAGAGCAA